AUGACCUGUGGAGGAGGGAAGAGAGAGCUGGGCCAAUGGGUAGUUUGGCAGGAUUCCCAGGGCUCUGUGAGGGGAGGGACAAGGGGUCAGAUACUCCCCUCCCAACACCCAUCCAGUCCAGGCUGACACAGCCUAUUAUUUCUCAUUCCAGAAUCUCCCCUUGCCUCAUCCAAGGGCUUUGUCUCUGCUAGUCAUGAGGGCACCCAGUCCCCAGGGCAGGAGAAUGUUUAUAAAGCCCAAGGGAGCCAGCCACCUUUCUCCCACGGAGAAGUAUUCCCAUGCGACCGAGGGCUGUACCCGUAGCCCAGGCCUUGCCCUUCUCCCUCAACCAGGCCCUUCAUGAUGCAGGGUUCCGAUUGCCUGUUGCCAAGAUGGGCACAAGCUGGGGGGGUCUCCAUCGAUUCCUGAAGGAGGUGGCUUAUAUCCUUCUCUGCUGUUGGUGUAUUAAGGAGCUGCUAGACUAGCCCAGGUAUUCAGGAUGCUCCCUGCCCACCCCCACCCAUGACACCAUACUGGGCACUCUCAGUGCCUCCUUCGUCUCUUGGAGACUCCUUGUGUCCUCUGUGCUUACCUGAGAGUACCAAUAAAUGAGUGAAGUUCAG